GUUUCAGUUUUGAAGAUCACUCGCUGCGAAGCGGACGCUUGGCACAGCGAAAAGAGAAAGCUGAAGUUAUUACAAUUUGCAAAACAAAACAAAAUAACAAAUCGAUCUUUACUUCGAACUCUGUAACACUUGUGUACUUAAAUGUGAAUAAAUAUUGAGCUUAAUCCAACAACAGUUCACAUCCAACGACAAAAAGUGUGAAGUGACACCUUCCGCAGCCCAAUAUCAAUGCCAUGCGAUCGUGAAAACACUCGAUCGUUCCAAAUCCGGGGUCAGAAGCUCUCCGGCUGAUUAACACUCCGCAUCUACGCGCCGAGCGAAUAACAAAAUAAAAAUAAACAAAAAACAGGCAAACACACAAAUACGGCAAAUAACGAACAGCAACAAAUUGGCAGAAACGCGCGGAAUAUAGAAAAACACGUUUCCACACAAAAAAAGGCGAUCGGAGCAAAAACAAUUUAACCAAAUAACAAAUAACACAAAUUGUAGUCGCUUUUGUUAUUCCGUAUACUAUACACGCGCGCACACGCAUUCGAAAUUUAAGGCCCUGAUUCUGGCCAUUACCAAAUAUGUCCAAAAGCCGAGCUUGAGUUUAGAUUGCGAUUGCGUCGAGUCGAGCAGCUUGUAACCCGAGCAGCCGUGACCACAGAAAACUCAUUAAAGAUACUAGAUAUCUAGAUAUCCACAUAGCUAUAUAACCAACCACUACCCAUACUCGUAUACGCCAUGGAGCGUUCGCACAGCUGUAGUAAUUUCGAGGGCAGGACGGGGGCCAAGGUCGCCGAUGGUGCAAUUGUGGAGCAAUUGGCCGGCAGCAGUGAGCACCUGUCCAGCGCCCACUUUCCGCCCAGCAAGCCGCUGCGCAGACGCAGAAAACUGCAGCGACAGCAGAGCGCCGUGGAUACGGAUGACAUGGAGUAUGCCGCCGAUCUGGAGGAGAAUGCCGAUCCCGAUGGCGAGAAUGUGUCGCCCAUCGCCUCCUUGCCCAUGCGUCACAUCUCCGCCACCAGUACCCGUUGCCUGCGGCACGAGGAAUCCUUCGAGUCCUCCAGCACGGCGCCCGAACUGAGUCCGCAGGCGCAGCGGCAACAGCGCUUCAGUAGAGUGCUCCUGCGUGAUAGCUCCGUGUCCGUACAGUCGGACUCGAGUCGCUACUCCAGCGUGGAUAGUCUGCUGGAGGCACGCAAGCCAGAUCCCGAGGCCAUACUCAUCAACCUGGGCUUUGGACCGCUCAGCUCCGAGGAUAUGCUGUCGCGGAUACCACGAAGAUUCCUCAAGCCCUCGCAGGUACCGGGAAUCGAUACGGAUGCCUUUGUGCAAAGACUGACUCUGGCUCGAUCCCUGGCCGAUUCGAGUGUCCUGGGCUAUAGGGGUCUAACCGGCAAUCCCGACAUGCCGCCCUCCUCCAUUGUGGCCAGCAUCAUGAAGCGAUUCGAGGUCAAUCAUCAUCGGAAAAACUCCAUGGGCUCCAUCAAGCCCACCAUACAAUAAGGGCCCUAUGAAUUCUUAGCCAUACUCCACAAGUUAGUCAGCCAAAUAGAGGACAUCUGUUUACGCUUAAUUGUUGCCAAGCGGGGUUAUGGGUGACCUUUGACCGGUGACUGGUGACUGGUGACCUAUGACCCAUGUGAUCGUCUUGUCUUGUCCAUUAGUCAUUACAAGUGCCGCGUACUUAGCUGUUUAUCUGUAAUAUUGUAUUAUUGUAUACGUACUUCCUCCCAACUAUUGUGAACUCGUUAUAGGCAUGUAUUAAAGAUGAUAUUUUAUGAGACAUUUGAA